AUGGCAGACCUCAGUACAGAAGUACUGGUCAACUACGCCAUCUUGUAUGGCUACUUUGCCAUUAUCUUGGCCUGUUUCGCUGCCGUCAUCGCUUCCAUUCUCGGUCAGAGUCCUACCAAGAAGGCGGUCCUCAGUGGUCGUCCGUUCCUCUUCAUUCGGUGUGCCGUCGGAGGGCUCAUAUCAACAUGGUACUUCAUGAUCCAGUUCAUGAAGUGGUCGUACACAUCGUACAUCUCCGUCCGCCCUGGUGCUACGGCAGGCGACUGGCUCGUCAACACAUCGCUCUUUGCCCAAGCCUGGCGAGCGGUCUGUGUCGGCGCCCCCAACUGGUGGUGGAGCAGCUGGAUCUGCACCGCCGCCAUUCUCUUCGCAGCCAUCAUUUGGUCUGAAACAUUCCGUCGCGGAAUCAAGUACCCCGCCGUGUACAUGAUCCUCGGGCAGCUCGUCGCCAUCUCGGUGGCGCUCGCGCUCUUCCUCACCGCCGUGUACCUCCAUGAGCCGAUCCCGAACCGAAAGCCGAAAGCUCCCCUCAUGCUCUGCUUCCUGCUCAUCUCAGCACAGGUUGCCAUGUUUAUUCUCCCCGAGCUUGCGGACCAGCCAGCGUUCGUGUAUGUCCUCGCAUUUAUCCACGGUGCGGUAGUGAUUCCGCUCUUCUUCAUCCCCAAGAACGGGCGGAACGAGUCAGGCUCGCUCCCGUUUGGCGGCCUCUUGCCACUGCUUGCUGUCCUCGCGGCAAUCAUCCACACCUUGACCACUAUUCGUGUCCUGGACAUGCUCCCGUCCGCCAAGUGGCUUCCGACCUACCUGUACAGGAUCUUCCUCGCCCACCCGGCCCAGGCCUCGGUCUCCUCUGAUGUCGUGUGGGUUGUAAUUACCUCCAUCACGUGGUGGUUCGUCAAGGGCUCCAUAACGAGCAUCAUCGUCAAACUCUCCCUUCUCGCCGCUGCCGUGGCCGUUGCUGCGGCGCGACACUUUGGUGUGAACUGGUACUUUAUCGGCAGCUGCGUGCCCAUCCUUGCGCUUCUUGUCGUUGCUGGCGCGGCUUUUGUCCUGUCCAACGUACGCUCGCGCAACGACGAGAAGCGCGCGGCAGUCCUGGAGAAGCUGGGCAUCAAAGAACAGGGUGUGAUCCCUGGCACAUCAAAGGAGCCACCUACCAUGGCCAAGAAGCGUCUGGUUGUAGGAUUCUGGCACCCGUACUGUAAUGCCGGAGGUGGUGGUGAACGGGUGUUGUGGACCGCGAUCGCGUGGCUCCAGCGCGUUCACCCCAAAGUCGUCAUCGUCGUUUACAGCGGCGAUUACCCAGCUGCGUCGAAAGAAGAGAUCAUUGCCAAGGUCAACGAUCGCUUCUCGAUCAAACUGUCCCCAGCAACCCUCGCUUUCAUCCCGCUCCGAUCGCGGCAUCUCAUCUCCGACACCUACUGGCGCCGCUUCACGCUUCUUGGCCAGUCCUUCGGAAGUGUGCUGCUAGCGUGGGAAGGGUUGUGUAGUCGCGACGGUCUGUGGGGUGACAUCUUCAUUGACUCGAUGGGUUACGCCUUUACGUUACCCUUUGUGCGCCUUGUUGCGGGUGGAGACAUCGCCAUAGGCUCGUACACGCACUAUCCCACGGUCAGCAGCGACAUGGUUAAGCGUGUGCGUGAGCGUGUAGCCGGAGUUGAGAAUGGCGGUGCCUCAAGCAGCGCGUUCCGAACAUGGGCUAAGCUUGUGUACUAUAGGAUGUUCACGUCGCUGUACUCGGUGGCGCUGUUGUUCUCGCAGCACACCAUGACGAACUCGUCGUGGACUCAGGCGCAUAUCAAGUCGCUGCUCAACGACGGCCGCAAGUCGCUGCUGGCUCAGCUGCUGCUGAUGGACGACGCUUCGCGGAAUGCCGGUGACACGGCGCGGGUGUGCGAGGUAGUGUUCCCGCCGUGUGACACGGCGGAACUGUCCAAGCUGGGGAACCUUGAUUCUCGCAAGCGCCAACUGGUAUCGUUGGCCCAAUUCAGGCCUGAAAAGGACCAGGCCAAGCAACUGCAAGCAUUGAGCACCUUGUUCGAGAAGCACCCCGAGUACAAGACGGGACCUGGUGGAAUCCAUCUCACGUUGAUGGGUGGAUGCCGCGACGCCGCUGACGAGGCCCGUGUAAAUGGUCUUAAGAAACUCGCGUCCAAGCUGAAUAUUGAGGAACAGGUGACGUUCCUGGUCAACGCGCCGUACCCCGACAUUGUUGCCCACCUGAGCACUGCGUCGGUCGGCCUGAACACGAUGCAGGACGAGCAUUUUGGCAUUAACGUUGUGGAAUUUAUGGCCGCUGGGCUUAUUCCUAUUGUUCACGCGUCUGCUGGACCUUUGCUGGAUAUUGUCGUGUCCCAUGACGGCAACAAGACAGGUUUCCACGCAACCGACGCCGAGUCGUUUGCGGAUGCUAUCCAUGAGGCUCUGUCGCUGUCUCGGCAGCAGGAGCUGGCGAUGCGGCGGGCGGCCCGCUCGCUUGCCCGUGACAAGUUUUCGGAAGCUGUGUUUGAGCGAGCCUUUGCUCGGGGAUGGAGCCGCCUUGCGCGUGCGGCUGGCGGCGCGGAGUUUGCUGAGGAUGUUGGGGGAGCGGGAGGCAAGCUCAAGGCGCCGGGUCGACCGUCAUGA